GAUGAUGAUGCAGACAGGCCCUUGUGUGUUAGGUGGAGGAGUGGGGAGUUUGACAUGGUCGCUCUACGCCUCACAUGGCAGCAGACUCGGUGAAAUGUGCGUGUUUUUGGUCGUUGUUAUUGAUCCUUUGCCUUCGGGUGUCUCUGGCGAAAAACUAUCGCUCUUCUCUGGAUGAUGACCUGCUCCUACCUUAUGCUAACGGACAUGGACCCGCCCACUCUCACCGUCACGUCCGAGAUUGUCAGCCCAUCAUUCAUGGAAACACCACCCAUGAAAGCUCGCAUCCCAGUCACCAAACCGGACAGCCGGUUGCUAAGUCUAAUGUGUUUGUGACGAAGGCUCCUUCUGGAUGGGUUUACGGUCGCUUGACAGUGGUCCAUGACCCGCUGCAGACACUGUCUGUGCUGGAACCUGGAGGGCCAGAUGGCUGCAAAAACAACCAUAGGGUAUCGGUGGAGGAGACGGCCAAAGCUGCCGGGUGUCUGUAUGCCCAGAACGCUGGCUUCUUCAACACCAAGUCAGGGCAGUGUUUGGGAAACGUGGUGAGCAAUGGAAGGCUUGUGCAAGACAGUGGGGGAGUGCAAAACGCCCAGUUUGGGAUUAGGAGAGACGGCAGCUUGAUUUUUGGGUAUCUGUCGCAGGAAGAUGUUUUGGAUCAGUCGAACCCGUUUGUUCAGCUGGUCAGUGGCGUCAUAUGGCUGUUGAGAGACAGCGAGAUUUACAUCAAUCAGAGUCUGGAGGCAGAGUGCGGAAAAAGCCAAGAAACAGGGAACCUAAGCUACUUUGUGAAUGUGGUGUCGGCCCGGACUGCAGUGGGUCAUGAUGGAGACGGAAAUAUAAUCCUGUUUCAAAUUGAUGGGCAAACGGGAAACAGGGGCAUGAAUCUGUGGGACGUGGCAACAUUUCUGAAGGAACAAGGAGUAGUCAAUGCCAUAAAUUUGGAUGGAGGCGGGUCUUCCACCUGUGUGAUUAAUGGCUCCUUGGCCAGCUACCCCUCUGAUCAUUGCACAUCAGACAACCGUUGGCGCUGUGGACGGGAUGUGUCGACCAUCUUCUGUGUCCAUCAGAAAUCAUGCAAGCCAGAAAACUGCAGUGGGCACGGGGAGUGUGUGGACGGACUGUGUCGGUGUGGGAGGGGCUGGCAGGGGGAGGCCUGUGAUUCUCUGCUGUGUCAGCCAUCUCAAUGUGGAUCCCAUGGAGUCUGCACUCCCAAUGGCUGUGUCUGUGAUGCUGGAUGGAGGGGAGAAAACUGCAGCUACGAGUGCGUCCGAGGUUUCUACGGCGAUGGCUGCAAUCACACCUGCUCCUGUGGUAAUGGCGGUUCCUGUGAUCCCGUUCACGGGCGCUGUGCCUGCCCGCCUGGUUUCCAUGGUGACACAUGUGAUCAAGUGUGUCCUCUGGGUUUCUUCGGUCUUUCCUGCGCUCAGGAGUGCCACUGUGAAGACCUGUGUCCGUGUGACCCUCAAACUGGGACCUGCAACGCCACCCUGCAAGGAGAGACCAACUACACCAUACACAGAGCUGGACAUUGUCUGGCCACAAAGAUGUUUACAUCUUGGAUACAUAAAGAAGAAGCUCAUAGAGAGCAGCGUCAUUUAACAGAGAGAACGUGGCUUAUAAUUACCAUCCUGCUGGCUUUUCUGCUGUCGGCCAGCUUGAUGGCUCACCUCGUGGCGGCGUGCUCUGGAUCCGCCGCGUCUCACUUUCCUGAACGUCGGGAUUACUCCUACGUACCACUGACGAACAUAAAUGGAGCAGACCAAACAAGAAGCGCUAGGAAAUCUAGGACUUCUGGUUUGGAGUUGGAAGAUUCUGACUCCCAGGAGGAAAUCUGGUCUUCGCCGCGUUCUUAAAAAACAAGCGAGUACACGGCUUUUGCACUAAGAGAUGCACACUUUGUCCUCUCAUCUAGGGAAUUCUUCACGUGUUUCUGGUGCGGUGAAAUGACACAGUGCUGCAGUUUCGAUGCAUUUUUUCACACUGGGCAGCUGCUUUAACGUGCACACACGAUUGUUGUUCAUAGCUGGGCCAUUUUCCUCUGUUCUUGAACUGAAAACUUCCAAGAUUUUCACUUGGGAGCAACAUCUUUAGUCCUUUCCAGACAAAUAUUUGAAACUUAAUCAUGUAAACUGAUAAACUGAAUCCGAAACUAGCAGACUUUUCACACAAGUUAUUUUUGGUUUGAUUGCCAUAAAACAUCAUUUCUUUAAACUACUUUAUUUAUAACCAAACAGUCAUUUAGAAACUCAUCAGGUACAAAGAUGCAUAUUUAUAAGAAUUUACAAAAGCCUUUUAGGACUUUUCUUUUUAUUGUAUAUUGAAAUGCAGUAUCAGGUUUUAUAAAAGUCUCUAACUUUCAUUUGAGACCUUUUAUUUGAGGGUUUAUAUUGAUGAAAAAUUAUCUAAUAAAUUGUAAAUGAAACACGCCAGGUCAAAGUGUUCUGUAAUUAAAAGUACUGAAGUUCUUGCAGCUGUUGGUCUAUCAGGAUUUAGACGCUGCUGAUGUUUUGUACUGUGGCUCAUUAACAAAAGCAAAUUCUGUUGCUUUGAUAUUUAAAAUAAAAGGAUAAUCUAUGAACAACAUUUUAUUAAAAAGAAUAUUUUUAGUGAAGCCAAGCAGAUCCCAGCAAAGCUGCCAAAUGCUUUUAGCAAAACCGUCCUGACUUUGUGCUGUGUGGUCACAAGGACAGAAAUCAGGGUUUAUGAAAUGUAUUGGGGUUUUUUAUAGCUUCUUAGCUUAAUGCUUAAACAAUAAAUAAUCAUAAAACUGAAAUACAAACCGUUACAUAUCAAAACUCUGUAAUUGGCCGUUAAGGAAAGGCACCUAUCAGAAUUAACCUUUAAGUCUUUAUGAAAUACAUGCAUUAUGUUACUAUUUAUUUUAUGAACUAUCUAAUUCAUACUUUUUCCUUGUUUGAUUUAAAAAAAAACUUGCUAAAGGUGAAAAAGAUUCACAAUUUCUAAGGAGAUGGUUAAGCUGAAAUUGUAUUUUCCAAUGUUCUGUCUCUGUUUAGGUUGCCAAGUUGGGGUCAAAUUUCAGCCUAAGCUUCACUCUGUAAUGCUAGUUGCCAUGUUAUUAUUUGGUGUCUGGAAUAGGUUACUUGGGUCUUUUUGCAAUAAGUAAAAUAGUUUACAUUUGAAAUGUCCGACCUAUGAACUGUUUACAGCUGUUAAAAUGACUCGCAGAGAUUGUCUUUGAAUAUUGUGAGGCCAUUGCUUCAAUUCAGCACAGAAUCUCCCCCUUUUCAGUACUUGAAUAAAUAUCUUCUUAACCAAAUGUUUCUGCAGCUAUUUCAGUCGAAGCUCCUCUUCAGUUUGUAUUUAUCAUUUUUUGAGUUUAUAUUUGCAUCAUUUCAGUAAGUGGUGACAAUAUUAAGAUAAUCUUUUCUUUACUGGGGGGUAUCUGUUUCAUUAAACGAAAUAUGUCUUUUUUUUCUUAAACUAAUAUAAUCAAGAUGCUAUCCCAUGUACAUAUUUUAACACAUGUCAAUACAACAAUUUCAAUUUGGGUAAUUUCUGGAAGUUUUAUGGUUGAAAAUAAUUUUAAUGGAGGUUAAUGUGUUUAUUUUAUGGGUCCAAUUUAUUUUGCACCACCCAAAUGGGACAUCCUAUACUUUUCAUAAAAAUUAUGAACUUGUGUGAAGCAACUUUCUACCUUUUUCAGAUUUUAUUUGUGUUCUAGAGUUAAACUUUUUAAUGUAGAGGUUCAAAAACGUUUUUGUUUUUUUCUACUUUCAAGCUGGAUGUGAUUCUUUACAGCGUGUCCUUUUCAUCAUGAAUUAUGUCACUUUUGAGAGGAAUUCAUGAAUCAAUUCAUAAUUUAACCUCGAGAAUGUGUUUGUAAAGUUCUCGCUUUACCAGCAUUUUGUUCAGUUUCCUGAGAGCAGUGUGGUUCCUCCACCUUUACUUGAAUCGUAAUACGAAAAUACUGUUUUUUUCUGUGAGGAAGAACUAUUUAGAACUAAAUUUAUUUGUUUAGCCGCUUUAUUAUUACUUUAAUGUUCUGGUUUUUUUGUAUUAUAACUUUAUUUUUUAUAAAUUCAAACACAUGUGAAGCACAUGAAUCGCAGUGGCUGACGAGUAGGUGGAGCCAACACCCCUGGUAGUGAAACGUCCCGCCUCUUUCAGUCCUGCUGAUGUAACUUUAGAGCAGCAUGACGUUCUUGUGUCCUUUUUGUUUUUACUUUUUCUCUCUUUUAGAAAGUCAUACCUGAGUUAACUUCUCUGCUUCCCCACAUACGGUCUUCAGCUUUGUGCGUAUAAUGUGUCUGCUAUCAUCUCAUCGGACCCUCCUCCCCACACUCAGCCUUUUUCCUCUGGGUGCGUUUACAUGCUUUUGUUUGUGAACUCACUUGCAGGCUACAGAAUUUCUCUGAAGCUCAAACGAUGCCCCACCCGACAAAUGCCUGCAAUCAAACUGCUGGGUCCUCAUUUAUACAGAAUGAAGUCUAAAAGAAUGAAUGGAUUCCAUGGAAGAACAGCAAAUUUUGAGGAUUUCAGGAAAAACGGCACAAAACAAAGAUCCUGAAAAUGAUUCAUAUUUAAUAAAGAUCGUGUCCAGACAGGAAGAUGGAGUUGACCUACUGGGUCAGGAGAAGCAGGUUUGAAGUUGUAGCUCCUGUCUGCAUGAUACCCUGUAACCUGCUUCUAUUUUUAGGGUAAGUGUUCGGCAUCAUAUCUUAGCGAUAUGAUGACUGAGUCAAUAAAGCAUUUUCCAUCUGGUAUGACACAAAAAAAAUGUCAAUUCUUUGUUAUAGGAAAUCCUUUCUUUGUGGUUCACAUUCUCAAGUAGCUGGUCAAUCCACCAAAUAAAAAACAAAUUUUUUUUUUUUUUUGCUGCUUCAGAAACUGCUGCUGUAUUAGUAAUCGUGGCAAUGCUGACCCUUUUAUCCAUCAAUAAACCUGUUAUCUGAUGGCUUUUAA